AUGGCUGAGGAAAACAGUACGGACACUUCCAUAAUAUGUUACGCGCCAAGCAUGAUCACCACCAAUGGUGUUUGGCAAGGCGACAACCCUCUCGAUUUCUCUCUUCCUCUCUUUGUUCUUCAGCUUACAUUGGUCGUUGUCGUCACUCGUUUCUUUGUCUUUGUUCUCAAACCAUUUCGCCAACCUCGUGUCAUCUCCGAGAUCCUUGGAGGAAUCGUGCUGGGGCCAUCGGUGCUUGGGCGCUACGAGAAAUUCGCCAACACAGUAUUCCCUCAGAGAAGUGUGAUGGUACUUGAAACAAUGGCUAACGUUGGUUUACUUUACUUCCUUUUUCUAGUGGGUGUUGAGAUGGACAUUAUGGUCGUGCGCAAGACAGGGAAGCGAGCAAUAACCAUCGCUAUUGGUGGUAUGGUCUUACCCUUCCUCAUUGGUGCAGCUUUCUCUUUCUCUAUGCACAGAUCUGAUGACCAUUUGGGACAAGGCACAUACAUACUCUUCCUCGGUGUAGCUCUCUCCGUUACCGCGUUCCCUGUCCUCGCAAGGAUCCUUGCUGAGCUCAAACUCAUCAACACCGAGAUUGGUCGGAUCUCCAUGUCAGCAGCCUUGGUCAACGACAUGUUCGCUUGGAUUCUAUUAGCCUUAGCCAUAGCUUUGGCCGAGAGUGAGAAAACUUCAUUUGCUUCCCUUUGGGUCAUGAUCUCUAGUGCAGCUUUCAUAGCCGUUUGUGUGUUCCUUGUGAGGCCAGGGAUUUCUUGGAUCAUACGCAAAACCCCUGAGGGUGAGAACUUUAGUGAGUUCUACAUAUGUCUCAUCUUGACAGGAGUCAUGAUCUCUGGUUUCAUCACCGAUUCAAUUGGAACACAUUCAGUCUUUGGUGCUUUUGUGUUUGGUCUUGUGAUCCCUAAUGGACCUCUUGGUCUCACCCUCAUAGAGAAGCUUGAAGAUUUUGUCUCUGGACUUCUCUUACCUCUCUUCUUUGCCAUAAGUGGUCUCAAGACUAAUGUAGCUGCCAUCGAAGGCCCCGCCACGUGGCUAACUCUCAUGCUUGUUAUCUUCCUAGCAUGUGCUGGAAAAGUCAUUGGUACUGUUAUUGUCGCGUUUUUCCAUGGCAUGCCGGUUCGUGAAGGGAUAACUAUUGGUUUGUUAUUAAACACAAAAGGUCUCGUUGAAAUGAUUGUCCUUAACGUUGGAAAAGACCAAAAGGUUUUAGAUGAUGAGACUUUUGCUACGAUGGUGCUUAUAGCUUUGGUUAUGACUGGUGUCAUAACUCCUAUAGUAACCGUUCUUUACAAACCGGUGAGACGUUCGGUUUCUUACAAGAGACGAACGAUCCAACAGACAAAGCCAGAUAGUGAGCUUAGAGUACUUGUAUGCGUCCAUACACCACGUAACGUUCCAACUAUAAUAAACCUUCUAGAAGCUUCACACCCUACAAAGAGAUCUCCAAUAUGCAUAUACGUCCUACAUCUCGUUGAGCUCACUGGUCGAGCCUCCGCGAUGCUGAUCGUCCAUAGUACUAGAAAAUCUGGACGACCAGCGCUUAACAGGACACAAGCUCAAUCAGAUCACAUCAUUAACGCCUUUGAGAACUAUGAACAACAUGCUGCCUUUGUCGCUGUUCAGCCGUUGACAGCUAUUUCGCCUUACUCAACUAUGCAUGAGGACGUGUGUAGCUUAGCAGAGGACAAACGUGUGUCCUUUAUAAUCAUACCGUUUCAUAAACAACAAACGGUGGAUGGAGGGAUGGAAGCAACCAAUCCAGCUUACCGUUUAGUUAACCAGAACUUACUUGGAAACUCUCCUUGCUCCGUUGGGAUUCUUGUGGACAGAGGACUCAACGGUGCCACGAGGUUGACUUCAAACACUAUCUCUCUCCAAGUUGCUGUUCUGUUUUUCGGUGGUCCUGACGAUAGAGAAGCCUUGGCUUACGCUUGGAGAAUGGCUGAGCAUCCUGGUAUUAGUUUAUCUGUGUUAAGGUUUAUUCCUGAUGAAGAUGUGGCAGAACCUGCUUCCAUGACUGUGGACAUGAAGAAGCAGAGACAGCUUGAUGAUGAGUACAUCAAUACCUUCAGAGCAGCGAACGCGGAACAUGAGUCAGUUCUUUAUGUGGACAAAGUGGUUAGCAAUGGAGAGGAGACUGUUGCUGCAGUGAGGUCAAUGGAUAGUUCUCAUGAUCUGUUUAUAGUUGGAAGAGGAGAAGGGAUGGUGUCUCCUCUCACCGCAGGUUUAACUGAUUGGAGUGAGUGUCCUGAGCUUGGUGCCAUUGGAGAUUUGCUUGCGUCUUCAGAUUUUGCAGCCACUGUCUCGGUCCUUGUGGUGCAGCAGUAUGUUGGGUCAUGGUCACAGGAGGAUGAUAUGGAUUUGCCUGAUAGUCCGGUACACUCACAUGGUUUAGAGAAUCCACGGUAG